UCGUUUAUUUAAAUGCUGUCAGAAAGAAGGGACACGAGUCUUUAAGUCAACGGCGUCCUGAAAGUAAACUUGUGCACACCGGGCCGUUUUUAGCGCGUUGUGUCCCCUUAGCCGCAGCAACCGCCAACGCCAUUGCGCUUUUGCUCACCUCGCUAGCUAGCCGCAUGAGCACGAAGCUGCUGCCCUGUUUGGGGGCGUUGGCCUCGGUUGUCAACAGAUUUCUCGUUUUUCUGUAAAAAAAAAAAAGGGGACGUAAAAGAAAGUGAAAGUGAAACAGACUAACACUUCACACACACAGCCCCGGCACUUACAGUUGAAUCCGUUGUCAGGGCUUGUGUCGCCUCAGUAGGCAGGUUGUGCUUGUGAUGGCCUGGCUUGGCUACAACCGCGUUUGUCCUUUUAUUUUGUGGUUAUUGCGCAGCAGCCAGUCUUUCUUAAGGCGCUCUGCCACAGGGGUGCUCACUACACUAGCGAUACUUUUAGCGAUACGCUGGCGAGACGACCGCGGAAGCCCCGGUGUCGCCGAAAUAUGCGACGAAAACAGACUGGAAGCGACAGGUUCACCGGAGAAGGUCGAGGAGUCCCGCUGUGAGGGUCAACGUGAGGCCGCCGCGGGGAGGGAGGACGCGGGCUCCAGCCGAAGGUCUGGGGGACACGAGGACGAUGACGAGUUUGACAGCGAGGACUACAGAGUCGAGACCACAGAUGAGUUGUACUGCGGCUACGAUUCAACCUGGGAGACUGAGGUGUGUCAGAAGACCACGCUCACGAGGACCAGGCGCCCAGCAGCGUGCCGAUACUACAAGUUUCGCGAAUUUGAAAUUGCCGCAAAAGACAUGCAGAACUACAGACAUGACUACCCUUCCCAGAUCAGACCGGAACGCUGGAACCAUUACAUGCCCUAUGAGGACAAGCCAAAUUUGGGAUUCUACCUUGGAAAGAGGGCCUCUUCAAUUGACGGUGUCUACAUAGACAGUUUCCACAAUGAAUGGAAGGGAGAUUAUGCCACGCUGGAGGGCGUACACACGUAUAUUCAGUGGUUGUUCCCACUGCAAGAACCAGGGGUAAACGAUGAGGCCUUGACACUGACAAAAGAAGAAAUUAAGGAUUUUCUUGAAAGUGACACUGCAAAGGAAAAUCUGCUGAAGUCAUACAAGGUCAUGUUGGACUUCUAUGGUAUCCAGUUGUGUGAUAAGGAAACGGGAGAAGUCAUGAGAGCCUCACACUGGAGAGACAGAUUCUACAACCUGAACACUCACACUCAUAACAAACUGCGCAUCACCCGCAUCCUGAAGUGCCUGGGAACCCUGGGGUAUCCCCACUACCAAGCCCCCCUGGUCCACUUCUUCCUGAAGGAGACUCUCAUCCAUGGAGAACUUCCAAAAAUCAAAGACAGUGUCCUCAGCUACUUUGUGUUUGCUAUCCUUGAUAAGAAGCAACGCAGGAAUCUCAUCAAGUUUGCCUAUUUGAACUAUGACCCUAAAGAGGAGUUUGUGUGGUGCCCAAGAAAAAUACAGAUGAUGUGGUCAGGGCUGUCAGUGUCCAAGCAACAGAAGGUAAUGAAUGAUAAAGAUGGGUUAUGAGCUUGACCGGAGUCGUGAGCAUCCGAGCGUGGACAUUGAGGUUAAAACCAAAGACAAGGCAAAUCAAGCUGUCAAAGCAGAAUCUGUGCCUGACAUCUGUUGUCAGUGUUGACGACCUCUCAUUAGAGCCUGAGCACCUGAUGGGUGGUGACUACGUCUGUAGAGCAACAGUUACAAUAGACUUGCCUUCACAGCGGCUGGGGGACAAGGUGGCCACAAAGCAUAAAGAACUUAUGCAAGUCUGCCAAAUUAAUGAAGAUAAAAUAUCCAGCCCCAGCAUCGAAGCGGGAAAAGAUGGGGUCACUUAUAGUACAUUAUCCAGUAAUACACAUGCAUAUGAUCUUGACAUCAUUUAAAUUUUCUCAGUAGUUCAUACACUAGUUUAUUGUGCUUUACAUACCGAAUCAAACAGCAGUUAUUUUACACAAAUGUGUUUCAUAUUUUAUUCUUGUUUUAUUCUUACUCUUUCACUUUCACAAAAAUGUGAACUAUUCCUAAGUGGAGGAAUAUGCUUUACACAAAAAGUGCAACUGUAAUAUAAGUGCUUGUGUUAUGGUGCGGAUACAUGGGACACAUGAAGAAUUUGAAGAGACACUAGUCAGCUUCACUGUUAUUGAUAAAGCUGAAACGAUUGCUCCCAAUUUUAAUUGUCUUUAGUCUUCAUUCAAUUUCUCUUAUUCAGUAUGUUCAGGUCCUGUUGUCUUAUACCCUAAUUGCCUUAUAUGAUCACAGAUUUGUCACUCUUGCAAAUAUUCCAGUUAAAGCUUUGUAUAUAUUAAUCUGAUUAGCUUCGCUAACAUUUAAGAACAGGUUAUGGCCAAAAAUGUCAAACGGUGGUUCUGUACUGGUAGUGCUGCAUUUAGCAUUCCUGAAAAGGGGGAGUAUAUGCUACUAUACGUUCUCUGCACUGAAGCGACCUAAUGGUUAAGGAACAGGGAGAUACUGUAUUUUUAAAAGUUGUGAAUCAUGUAUUAAUCCUAUUCUGUCAGUCUUUCUGACACAGCACUUUUAUCAUGCAGAUAAGUUUUUGGUUAUUCUUGGAAAUUAAAAGUAAAGGAUUGUGUUCCCCAAAUAUUUCUCCUCAUCAUGUCUUUACUUUUUGUAGCAUCUGCCACAUAUAAGGCUACAUACAGACAGGUGAAAAAGGAAAAACCAACAUAAAGGGUCUCAGUAAGGCCUUGGG